UUUUUUUUUUUUUUCAUGUAUUCCACAUGAUUCAAAAAACGUUCCUUAAGAAUACUAUAGAAUCACAGGGAUCCUUUGAAUGUUCUUCCCGCAACAGGAGUAGAAGGUGAGGUUCCAGUACAGCCUACAUCACGGAUAAGAUGGCGUUACAUAAGCUGUCAUUAACAACCAUCCUGAUGGUAAUAUGUAACAUUUUUGCAACUGCGGAAUUCAUGGAAAACCCCGAGGAUCUGCUCCGGGUAAGAGACAUGGAUACCAACUCUCCAAGCGUAGAAAUCAGACAAAAAAGACAAGCCAUGGAGGUGACAGUGUCAGAUAUCCCAGUGGUAAAUGAUCUGACGUACCUUCUCACACCUGCAACUUUCCCAUUGAGACUGGAAUCAACCACUGAAAUAUCUAAUGCAAACUUAACAACAGGUCUGAAUAUUAAAUCAUACUAUAUCAUUGACAUUGAUGUGACAGUCUCAGAUAUCGCGAUGAUCGAUUAUUUGAGGAACUUUCUCAAAGAAGAACAAUUCCCAAUUGUUCUCAAUAAUGACACUGAACUAAUUAAUGUGAACCUAACAACAGUGUGUUCCCCGAAUGGAACUGGAUUCCAGUGCAAAUGUGAAGAGCAGUUUGCCUGGUCAUACAACAGCUGUGUUAAAUACACACCUUGUGAUGACAUCAUUGAUGGCAUAUGCGGAUGCAUCAGUGCUGUACCGUCUGAUGGCCAGUUCUGCAGCUUUAAACCAAGUCUUGAUACUACAUCACACUACAUCAGUGACAUUGAUGUGACAGUGUCGGACCCUGCAAUGAUCGAUCAUCUCAGGAACUUUCUCAAAGAAAUGCAGUAUCCAUACAAUAUCACUACAGACACUGAACUAAUUACUGUGAACCUAACAACAGUUUGUUACCCGAAUGGUACUGAAUUCCAGUGCAGGUGUGAAGACCAGUUUGCCUGGUCGUACAACAGCUGUGUUACAUACACUCCGUGUGAUGACAUCAUUCAUGACACAUGUGAAUGUAUCAAUGCCAUGCCAUCUGAUGGACAGUCCUGCCACAUUCAACCCCACCCUGUAAUGAGCAGCACCACUCAAACAGUGUAUACAACAACAGCUUCUCCCACUAAAGGACCCACUCCUGCUCCCCUCAAACCAAGCACUUCUCCCACUAAAGGACCCACUCCUGCUCCCCUCAAACCAAGCACUUCUCCCACUAAAGGACCCACUCCUGCUCCCCUCAAACCAAGCACUUCUCCCACUAAAGGACCCACUGCUGCUCCCCUCAAACCAAGCAAUUUUACGUGGAAGAUGUCAUUUAAAAUUCAACAAAACUUUGACAAAAAAUUAACGGAUCAGUCAAGUUCAAUCUUCAGAACAUUUAAAGAGGCCAUUGAACCAGUCCUCAUUUCAAAUUACAAACACAUAAAUGGAUUUGUUCAAGUUGAAGUCCUUCAAUUCAGGAGUGGCAGUGUGAUUACAGACUUUGUAAUGGCGACAAACAGUGUGAAUUCCACUGAGAUUGCAACACUGGACAGUAACAUUGCAGCUGAUCUUCAGGCCCUGGGUUACAAUACUGAUCCACGUUCUUUCAGUGGAGUUAUUUAUGCAAAUGUGCCUUUUACAAAGAACUUUGAUAUUAUAUAUCCUGGAUACACCAUUGAGUUGACGUGUGAGGUUCCAGAAUCACUACAAACAGGAAAUGGGUCGUGGUUUGUGAAUGGUGUUCCUGUUUCAAAUAAUACAAAAUACACAAUCACCAAUUCACCUCCCACACUAACUGUUAAGGACAUGAGUAUUGCUGACAAUGGGUUGUACAACUUUACCUUGACAAAUUAUUUCUUGACAUUCACCCAUGAGGAAAACCUUUCAGUGACUGAAGACAUUCCUCCCAUAAUCCAGCUAAACCAGUCAUCCAUUAAUGCACAAUGUGACAAUGGAAAUGUCCCACUGAGGUGCUGUGUUACGUACUACAACAUCAAUGCGAUUAUAACAGAAUGGGUGGACAAUUCCACUGGAAAAACUGUAAAUAGUUCCAUAGAAUCAAACGGCACAAUGACUGAGAAAUGCACCAGUGCUCGUGUUACUCCAGAAUGUGGAGUAACAGUAACAAAAACAUUCACAUGCCGAGCAAAACUUGGGGGCACCGUUGCAGCUCAACAGGAAGUAAAAGUGACAUUUUUCAGUGGAGCUCCUGAUUGUAAUGACACAACAUAUGGUGUCGGUACAAAUGGAAGUGUGUCUAUUCUUGGCUGUGCAGCUAAUUUUAUGGGCAACAUGACUGCGGUUUGUGUAAAGCCAAAUUGGACAUUUCCGGAGGACAACUGUGUCUUCAGCCCAAUAGUGACACUAUUGCAGUAUUCUCAGAAAUUAGCUGAACUGGGUUCAGAUCAUGUGCCAUUGUUUGUGCAUGACCUUAACACAACCACUACCAGUUUUCAACUAGACAUAGAACAGUCACCGGCUACAAUUUCCACCAUUGUGACCAUACUGAACAACGUAGCAGAUGUUUCAGGAAAUACAAGCAUAAGUAUGAUGGAAGAUAUUUUGGAAACAGUAUCGGUUUUAGUGUCAAAUGACACGAGGAACUCAUGGACUCAAUUGAACGGCAAUAACACAGAUACAAGCUCUCUUCUCCUGGAGUCAGUAGAAAACUUUACAAAGAGUCUUUCAAGUGAUUCUGUUAAUAUAACUAAACCAAACAUUCAGUUAAACAAAACAACAUUAACAUUCCCUUUCAAGGAAAGCUUGAACUUGUCUCAGAUAUUAAUCCCAAGUCAAGGUCUUCCCAACAACACAAGUAUCACAACCGUCGUCUUUACGACUCUUGAUUUUGUCUUACCUAACAGGACCAAUGGAAAAAUUACAAAUAAUUUUAUCAAUGGAAUCGUCAUGUUGGUUUAUGUAAAUCAAACCAUUAAAAACGUUUCAAUGACGUUUGAUAAAAGAAACAAAACAAAGGGAAGCAACCAGUGUGUGUUUUGGAACUUCAAAGUUUUUAAUGACAUCGGGGGAUGGGACUCAACUGGAUGUCAACUGGAUUCUGAAACGGAUGACAAUGUCACCUGUUCCUGUAACCAUCUGACUUCCUUUUCGAUAUUAAUGUCACCUUUCGUACCCAACUCCCCUUUUCUGGAUUACAUCACGUACAUUGGAGUUGGCAUAUCAGUGGGGUGCCUGGUCUUAUGCCUUAUAAUUGAAGCAUCUGUGUGGAACAUUGUCACUAAGAACAGUACGGCACACAUGCGACACGUCGCUAUAGUGAACAUUGCUCUGUCUCUGCUGAUUGCUGACAUAUGGUUCAUCAUUGGAGCGGCUGUGUCAGGCCAGAACACACCGAAGAAUGCAUGCAGUGCUGCAACCUUCUUCAUUCACUUCUUUUAUCUUGCCUUGUUCUUCUGGAUGCUGAUCUCGGCUCUCUUCCUCUUCUACCGUACCAUGAUGGUUUUCUCCCACAUGUCAAAGCGCACUAUGAUGGCCAUUUCCUUCACAGUGGGCUACGGGGCACCACUCAUCAUUGCCAUAAUCACCAUUGCAGUCACUGCCCCCAAAAAUGGCUACUUCGGGCAAGAUGGCGUAUGUUGGUUGAACUGGUACCAGACUAAAGCCCUCCUGGCAUUUGUGAUUCCAGCCUUGAUCAUUGUCUUUGUGAACCUGCUCAUUCUAAUUGUGAUUCUGGUUAAAUUACUGAUGAGGGGAGUUGGUGAGAACCGUCAGUCUGAGGAGAAGAAUGCUCUGGUGGUCAUCGCAAGGUGUGUCGCUGUUUUGACUCCCAUCUUUGGCAUCACCUGGGGAUUUGGCAUAGGGACCAUGGUGGAACCUACAAAUCUUGGAAUCCAGAUUGUAUUUACACUCUUCAAUGCCUUUCAGGGCUGCUUCAUUUUAGUGUUUGGGACGCUCAUAGACAGCAGAAUUCGAUCAGCAAUCGCUGGAAGAUUUGCAUUUUUGCCUUUGCUCUCAACCGGAACAAAGAGCACAAAUGCUGGUCCAUCUUUGUCCUCUUUGGCUGACCGUAUUAGACGAAGAGGAAAGAACGUGUACAAUGUUUCCAGCGCUACAGCAAGUCAGGGUUCUUACGAAGCAUUCGUCAAUAGUGAUGAACCUAUUCUUCAAAAAUUUUAGUUAAAAAGACAAAAGUCAUUAACAUAUAAGGAUUUUUUGGAUUUGCAUCACCACAAUUUACAAAUUUAAUUCCAUAUAGAUUCUUGAGAUGUUUUUCAUAUCUGACACCCUCCUAUCACUGUAUAUUGACAGAUUUAUCACAUUAUAUUAACAUUCACAUUAUGACACUGUAUUAAAUCACUUUUCCUUUAUUUUUGUUUUUUACUUGAAACAAGCAUUAGCAACAAUAUAAACCUGUGAAAUGUGAGAAGGUUUAUGCAAGGAAUGCUCACAUAAAUAUAUGUUGUAUAUACAGGGAACAAUAGACCUAACAAAUAAAAAUAUUUACCAAUCAUCUGGAAUCCAAUUAUGUGUAUGAAUAAGAAGAAAGACCUGAAAUCUGAAAGUGUUCAGAAUAUGAUUAAUUUCUAAAAAUUCACACUUGCUCAAUGCUCCAGUUAAUUACUUGAGCUUGGUACUCUGCUAUACUGACCGGUUGGUACAGAGUUCUGUCAUGAGGCAGAAAGACUCAGAGACAUUAGGUGCAGACAAGGGCCCCAGAAAGUGUAAAGUCCAUUAGAUAAGACGAUGGAGCACUGUAUCAAAAUGUGAGCUUGCGAUGAGGUGAAGGACUGUUUGGGCCGGUUAUCC